AUGGAAGACGCGGCCACGAAUGACAAACACCCGCGCUCCCUGUCCACGCAGCUCCCCUGGGAGGGGAGGGGACGUAGGCCUAGAAAGAACACCCCUGAGUCUCGGAACCGACGGGAUGUUGCUGAUUCGUUGCCCGAAGCCGACUCUGCUAACACAGACCCAGGGCCAGCAGGAGGGCUGCAGCUGCUCUUGACUCGGGACGCAGGACCCCACGCGCUCGGAAAGGAAAGGACUCGGCCGCAUCGGCGGCUGUUUCCGCUGGAGGAGUGUGGACCUCAACCCCACGGGAGCCAGGAUGUACCCAAGCAGCAAGAACUGCGGAGGAGGAGCCUCAUCGCGGCCCCCCCCCCCCAGGUGUCCCUGGCCUGCGGGCUCAGCUCGGAAGGUGCGGGGCCACAGUUCCAGCUCCUUCGAGGCUCUGGUUCCUGGCUUAUGCCCAGGCAAGAGGAAAACACCGCCAAGCUCAGUCUCGAGCCCCUGGAAAUAGUGUCAGCAGAGCCCCCGGUGACAGCUUUCUGGCACUUUCCACCCCACGCAGAAAACAGCAAGCUCCCAGAAGCUAGGGCUUUAUUAGAAAUAGGAAAUAUCCAGGGGCUUCCUGAGCGGUCCAGUGAUUAG